CUGAGGCCGCCUACUGCGCAUGCCUGCGUGCUGACGUCACCGGGCCCGGCGCCGGAAGUGAGCUUCGCAGUGCCGGAAGAGGCCGGCGAACGCGCUCUCUUGGGGAAGGCGGCAGCAUGGGGCAGUCGGGGCGCUCCCGGCACCAGAAGCGCGCACGCGCCCAAGCGCAGCUCCGCAACCUCGAGGCCUACGCCGCGCAGCCGCACUCGUUCGUGUUCGCGCGGGGCCGCGCUGGGCGCAGCGUCCGGCAGCUCAGCCUGGAUGUGCGGCGGGUUAUGGAGCCGCUCACCGCCACCCGCUUGCAGGUUCGAAAGAAGAACUCUCUGAAGGACUGUGUGGCUGUGGCGGGCCCCCUGGGGGUCACGCACUUCCUUAUCCUGAGCAGAACUGACCGAAACAUCUACCUGAAGCUCAUGCGCCUCCCCGGGGGCCCCACCUUGACCUUCCAGAUCAGAAAGUACUCGCUGGUGUGCGACGUAGUCUCCACACUGAAGCGGCACCGCAUGCAUGAGCAGCAGUUCACACACCCGCCCCUGCUGGUGCUCAACAGCUUCGGCCCCCACGGCAUGCAUGUGAAGCUGAUGGCCACCAUGUUCCAAAACCUGUUCCCCUCCAUCAACGUGCACAAGGUGAACCUCAACACCAUCAAGCGCUGCCUCCUGGUCAACUACAACCCUGACUCGCAGGAGCUGGACUUCCGCCACUACAGCAUCAAGGUGGUCCCGGUGGGCGCCAGCCGGGGCAUGAAGAAGCUGCUGCAGGAGAAGUUCCCCAACAUGAGCCGCCUGCAGGACAUCAGCGAGCUGCUGGCCGCGGGCGCGGGGCUGUCGGACAGCGAGGCCGAGCCGGACGGCGAGCACAAUAUCACGCAGCUGCCGCAGGCGGUGGCGGGGCGCGGCAACCUGCGGGCGGAGCAGAGCGCCGUGCGGCUCACGGAGAUCGGGCCCCGCAUGACGCUGCAGCUCGUGAAGAUCCAGGAGGGCGUGGGCGAGGGCAGCGUGCUGUUCCACAGCUUCGUGCGCAAGAGCGAGGAGGAGCUGCGCGCCAUGCUGGCGGCGCGCGAGGAGCGGCUGCGGCUGCGCAUGCAGAGGCGGGAGCUGCAGGCCCAGAACGUGCAGCGCAAGCGCGAGCAGCGCGCGGCCCACCGGAAGAAGAGCCUGGCGGGCAUGAAGAGGGCCCAGGGUGACGGGGACAGCGACGCCGAGGACCCCGGGGCGCCCCCCGAGGCCGAGGGGCGCAGCCCGCGGGAGGAGGAGCAGGCGGAGGAGGAUGCCGAGUACUUCCGGCAGGCGGUGGGCGCCGAGCCCGACGAGGACCUGUUCCCCGGGGCCGCCAAGCGGAGCAGGACGGCGCAGCGCAAAGCUGCCAAAGCUGCGCCGGGACCCCGGGCUCGGGGUGCUGGCCAGAGGCCGCCCCGGCCGCAGACCGGGCCCCGCGGAGCCCCAGCCAGGCCGGUGUCCAGAGGGGCCGCCCGGGAGCGCGGCCAGGGCCGAAGGCGGCCGCCCAGGAGAGGGGCGUGAGCCGCCCCGCGCGCGAGGCCGCCCCAGAUUGGGGCCCGGGGCGCGCGGACCCCGGUUUCCUUUCAUAAAGGAGCUGUCCCCAGUCCCCUGCAAUAAAGGAGGAGCCACCCGGC